GGGUGUAGGCGCACGGGCGGCGGCCGGGGCCAUGGCCGAGGGCGGCGGGGGCGCGCGGAGGAAGGCUCCGGCGCUUCUGGAGGCGGCCCGAGCACGCUACGAGAGCCUGCACAUCUCGGACGACGUGUUCGGCGAGUCGGGCCCGGACAGCGGCGGGAAUCCCUUCUACAGCACCUCCGCAGCCUCGCGCUCCUCCUCGGCCGCCUCCUCGGACGAUGAGCGUGAGCGCCCCGCGCCCCCGGGGACCGCCCCGCCACCCCACGCCGAGGAUUCUUUGGAGCUGGAGGAGGACGAGGCCGGUGGGGGCUGGAGCGCCGUGCUGAGGGAUCGCCCGCCCCCACGCUUCGAGGACACCGGAGGUCCAACCAGAAAGAUGCCCCCCAGCGCUAGCGCAGUGGACUUCUUCCAGCUCUUUGUUCCGGACAACGUGCUCAGGAACAUGGUGGUGCAGACCAACAUGUACGCCAGGAAGUUCCAGGAGCGCUUUGGCAGUGACGGCGCCUGGGUGGAGGUGACCUUGGCUGAGAUGAAGGCCUUCCUGGGCUACGUGAUCUCCACCAGCGUCUCACACUGUGAGUCGGUACUUAGCAUUUGGAGUGGAGGCUUCUAUAGCAACCGGAGCCUCGCCCUCGUCAUGAGCCAGGCCCGUUUCGAGAAGAUCCUCAAGUACUUCCAUGUUGUGGCCUUCCGGUCCAGCCAGACCACACAUGGGCUCUACAAGGUCCAGCCCUUCCUCGACUCCCUGCAGAGCGGCUUUGAUGCUGCUUUCAGGCCAUCUCAGACCCAGGUGCUACACGAACCCCUGAUCGACGAGGACCCUGUGUUCAUUGCCACGUGCACAGAGCGAGAGCUGCGGAAGAGGAAAAAGCGGAAAUUCAGCCUGUGGGUGCGGCAGUGCUCGUCCACCGGCUUCAUCAUCCAGAUCUAUGUCCACCUGAGGGAAGGCGGUGGCCCAGACAGCCUGGAUGCUCUGAAGAACAAGACACAGCUCCACAGUGUGGUAGCCCGGAGCCUGUGCCGCAACGCGGCCGGAAGGAACUACAUCAUCUUCACGGGGCCCAGCAUUACCAGCCUCACCCUGUUUGAAGAAUUUGAGAAGCAAGGGAUCUACUGCUGCGGCCUUCUCAGCUCCAGGAAAAGUGACUGCACGGGCCUCCCUCCAUCCAUGCUCACCAACCCUGCCACCCCACUUGCCCGGGGCCAGCACCAGAUCAGGACGAAGGGGAACAUGUCUCUGAUCUGCUGGUACAACAAGGGUCACUUCCGCUUCCUGACCAACGCCUACUCCCCCGUGCAGCAAGGUGUCAUCAUCAAGCGCAGAAGUGGGGAAAUCCCUUGCCCUCUGGCUGUGGAGGCCUUUGCUGCUCACCUCAGCUACAUCUGUAGAUACGAUGACAAGUACAGCAGAUAUUUCAUCUCCCACAAACCAAACAAGACGUGGCAGCAGGUGUUCUGGUUUGCCAUCAGCAUUGCCGUCAACAAUGCCUACAUCCUUUACAAAAUGUCAGACGCCUACCACGUGAAGAGAUACAGCCGCGCACAAUUUGGAGAGAGACUCGUCAGGGAGUUGCUGGGCCUGGAGGACACAUCACCAGCCCACUGAGUCCGUGCUGGCCCAGGGGUGGCAGGAACAAGGAAGGAGCCUGUCACCUGCCUGCCCACCGGAGGGCCCAGUGUGGUCAAAGGUCUGCUUUCGGCGUCACCCCUCCGAAGGGUGGCUCCCCGGAGCCUGAUGCAGGUGACUGGCGGGGCUGUGACCUUGGAAGGUGCCAGCAAUAGGACCCAUGGACCAUGCUCUGCUUUCACAGAGCUUGAAAGAUUAUGACGGCUCAUGUGUGGACCAGGCAAGCUUACAAAAUGGACCGCCCUGUGCCAGCACUCUGCACAUAGGGGCAUGGGUUUCCGGCACUCCCCCCACAUGAUCAGCUUAGAUGGCUCCAUUGAAAGAAGAAACGCAAUGUGGUGCCAUUAAAACUCAGAGUCAAUGGGACAGGACAGUUGCCGCUUGCUGGCUAUAAACAGGGUGUUCCGGUUACAUCUCCUCCUCCGUGGGGCUGGUGGUGGAGCAGGGCAGAGCGGGAACUGCGAAGGGGGCAGAGCGAUGCUGUUUUUUUAUUUUUCAAUAUAUCUUCAGGUUAUUUUCCUACUGUUGCUUAAGGUCUACCGUAAAUGGGGCGUGUCCCCUCCUCUCCCACACCACACCCCCCUCACAGUUCCCUGCAUGAUCACAGUUCUGUGUCUGGCCUGUGGUGGGACAGGAAGGGCCUCUGGCUUCCAGGACAAAUGUGACUAUAGCUACCAAGGCCGGGGAGACUUCACUUGGCCACCGUGUCAUUGCUGGCAGAAUUACCUGUUUUGAGAACUAUGUAGCAUUGUGAGAACAAAACCCCCACUGCCCUUUCUCUGUGUGUGGUGGUCCUCCAGAAAGGUACAGCUGGCCUAGGAGGUCCUGGCUGGGGAACCACCUGGUGAUCUGACCUGGGUCUGGGGACUGGCCACAGCAGGGGCAGGCAGCAGCUGGCAGGAAGACGUGUGGGACCUCCCCAGGCCCUUCCUUCCAGAGGUUGACAUGUCUCCUGGAGCCUUGGCCCCAAGGUUGGUCCACUCUCCCCACAGAUGGAAAAGAAGAAAUUUCCGCACCUUGCAC